CCGGAACUGUUUCCGAAUGCCAUCCGGUGUUUUUGGUGCAUGUUAUUGUGAGAGAGCAGAGGCUGAUUGCACAUGCCAUCUGCUAGAGAGUCGAGGCUGAUUCUAUGACCGGUGCUGGGAGAGGAUUUGCUCAUUUGCAGAAAAUACCAACUUUGCUGGUCGCCAGCAUAUGUUGUGUUUUCGAUGCUGGUCCAUGGGAUGCUGCUGUGCUGGAGUCCCCAACAGGAUUUUUAUCUGGCUUGAAUGGCAGGACUUCCUUGGGACAUACUUGGAUUCUAUGUUUGUGGGUCUGGUCAAAUGGUCGACUCAGGCUGUCGUGUUUUCGGAGUACACUCCUAUUUACACCACUUCUACGAGGAGUGCACAGCCUCGAUGAGGGAGCAGCAGGAGGACAUUCAGAACCAGAGCUCACCCCUGCGCUGGAGCUCAGGCCUCUGGAAGGUCACUCUUGCUCUUGGUGCAGUGAUCCUGACAGUGGGGCUGGUGGUCACGACAGUGGGCUAUGCCAUUCCCACUCGUAUUGAGGCCUUCGGUGAGGGGGAGUUGCUGUUUGUGGACCGUCAGGCCAUGCGCUACAAUCGGUCACUACACAUGUGUGUACUGGCUGGGACAGGGCUUCUUACACUGGGUGGGGUUCUGUUGGCAGGUGGAAUCGUGAUGUCUGACUUCAUGACUUCCACAAAACAGGAAGACUCCAGCCAUCAGUCAUCAAGAGGAGAACGGAAGGGGGGAUUCAGGGUUCCGAGUGCGCUGAGAAGCCCAGCAGACCCCAUAAUGAAGCCCCUAAGUCCAGCCUCUAGUGACAGAGGAGUAUCUCCUCUCGCUAGGGACGAUAAAGUCCAGCAGGGCUCAUAAAAGAGCUUUAUGACAAUGCCUGUUCAAGAGUGCUGUCAAAGCGAUGCCAAAAGCUCCUCAGUUAUUUAAAUGAGAAAUUUGGGAUUGUCUUACUUGUUAUAUAUUUUGUGAAGAGCCUAUGGCCAGAAACAUACUUUAUGCUAGUAUGCAAAUACAAAUGCAUUGCAAGCACGCUGUCCUGUUGAACAUACUUAGGCUAGAGACAUACUUUUCACAUGUGCACGUACCAAAGCGCGGUCCGGUUAAACAUGCUUAGCAUGCAUUCUUGCAUUACUGUGGUGGUAACAAACCUCCUUACUCAAGGGCAAUAGGAUUACCUUUAAAAUUCUGUGCCAUUAAACUGGAUGUUAUUAUUAAUUUAAGUUGCAAUAAGUAUAUUGUCUUUAAAGGUGCACACAGUAUUUUUUUUCUCAUUAAAAAAGUUACUUCUAAAGAAAUGAAUGGUUUUGGUACCUGAAAACGAUUGUGUUUGAUUGAUGCAGCGUCCAGGCCACUAGGUGUCAGUGUAAGUACAUGAUGACAUAUUUACUGAAUAAAAAUUACUGAGUGUGCCUUUAACUUACUUUCUCAGCAACAUUCUCUUCAAACUAUUUAUCCACUGUGACAGUUUUUGACUUGAAAGAGAAAACUCACCAUAGAAGCAAACGGUUCACACUUAUGUCAGCAGUAGCACCCCUUGCGACAACAUAGGGAAUGCAUCGUGUACUUGUGUAAUGAAUUGCGAUCUGACAUAUAUUGGAAUGCAACAAUGUACAAAAUCGAAGACAGUCUGUUUUCACAAAUGUUUCAGCCUUUCUUGUGCAUUGUGCAAUCUUGAGUAAUUGUGGUGGUAAUAAACCUCAGUCCUCAAGGGGGCAAAAUAGUUGCCUUCAAAUAUCAGUUAAACUCGAUGAGUUGCAAUUCAGGUACAGUGGCUAGCUAUAAACAUGUUGACAGUUCAGCUAAAUAACUUGCCUGGCGAGAUUCACUUCAAAAUGUUGUUCCGCCAUGUUAGUGGUUGACCUGAAUGUGAAAAUUGACCAUAGAAGAGAAUUUACGCUCAUGCCCUCAAUAGUGCCCCUUGCUGCAACACUUAAGUGUUGCGUAAUGUAUUGCGGUCUAGUGAUUUUGAAGCACAACACGUGUAAUGUAGCUUGCGCAUCAGAAGUGUUUGCGUUCAUGUACAUGCUUAGAGUAUGUUUUGGGCCUGUAUUGUUUGCAAAUCACAAGCAAUGGCAUCUGUUGUUUUGCUCUUGACUUAUUAAUGUCAAAUAGAUAUUGUAUUCUGACAGUACUGAUGUUCUACCAAGGUUAUGGGUACAAGUUGAAAAUGUGAUUGUAUUGCAGACAGUCCUGUGUAAUCGUAAAGAAUCAUAAUCGUAAUGCACAAACCAAAUGUCUCUGUUGCUAGUAUCUGAUAUCCUACUUUUAUGCAUAAUGUAUCAGAUAAUAUACAGUACACACACACACACACACACACAGUACUCAUUAGGGUCAGUUAUAAAGAAUAUGAGAUGGGCAGUAAAAAGAUUCACUGUAUUCACUAUGAUCAUCUGAAGUCUUAAUAUCUCAUAAAGUUAAUGUAUCUAAAAGCAGUUCUCAAAACUAGUACAAUAAAUAUGUG